AUGGCUUCUGACGACGCAGGCUUCGAGAUGUCUGACAACUUUGGUCUUCAACGUCCCACUUUUCAUAUUGGAUACCACGACUCAAAACGCGAUGAGCCCCUCACCGACAUGCAGUAUGGCCAUCUGCUGAACCAUGGUCUGGCCUUUGCGACGACUCCCAUCACCAACACUCACUUCCGAGACCGUGUCUUCGCUCUUGUUUCUGAGCAUCUGUCCGCUCUAUCCGAAAAUGGCGAGAAGCCUACCACCAGGGCAACUGGUUCACGAGCAGAGCCUAUUCUGCCUCCCUUGACUCCUAAGGAUACAGCUCUGUUCCCCAGCGCCGCUGUAAACACCUAUACUGCAGUCAUCAGCCCCUGGCUCGACCUUGGAUCUUCUAAUCCCAUCAUCUCAAGCAUAUCCCGUCAGGUCCUCAACGUCGAGAUCAACUAUGCCAACUUUUGUGGCGUAAGAAGCAUCAUGAUUCCUGCCCCUCGACAGGAUGCUUCCGUCGAUGGCGGCAACCAAAGCCUUGCCCAAUACGCACGAGCUGUAGAGGAGGCGCUGACUGUUGGAAACCGACUCACUUUCUUGAUUCACAUGCCUAUGUAUCGAGAACCUGGCCUUGAUGCAGAGACAGCCAAUAUCUCUUCCCUUGAUGUCAAGACCCCAACUAAGACCGAAGGAAGGGAGAUCGAUCUCCUGGCCGCUUGGGAUUCGUGGCAUCAUGUCCGAAGUGUCUGUAACUACAACACUAGACUCUUUGUUGCUCUGCAAAUUCCCCGUGUUAUGCCCGAGAAGGAUCUUCAGGAUCGAUGGUUUGCCGAGCCUCUGCACUACCUCACAUUCAGCCCUGCGACUUUCCAGGCUAACAAGGCUGGUUUCCCAUCGCUAUCUAAGCACCACCAGGAUCUCAUAUUCUCCUACAUGCGAUUGAAGAAUGUCCCAUGGAUUCUGCUCUGCGACGUUGGCCCUGAUGUUUCACAACUCAAGGAUGGUCACCAGUCUCUGCCAACCGCUCAAAACGAUUUCCCUAGCUUAGCCGAAGCUGAGGCUCAAGAACAGUCAACCCAGACCAAGAAAAACGACUAUAUUUCGUACCUGCGAUGGCUCGAGGACCAGCAGCCACCCUUUGGCUAUCUCGAGAGCCCAACCUUGACCAGCUUCCAAGACUGGCUUCAGUCACCUCUCCAGCCCCUGUCAGACAAUCUCGAGUCAGCCACAUAUGAGGUCUUCGAGGGUGACCCCGUCAAGUAUAGCCAGUACGAGAUUGCCGUGUUUGAGGCCCUCACAGAAUGGAAGGAACUCAAGAAACCCACCAAGGAUGGCAAGGUCGUCGUUGCUGUUGCUGGUUCUGGUCGUGGCCCUCUCGUUACUCGAGCACUCAAGGCGUCUGAGGAUGCUGGCGUUCCUAUCGAUAUGUGGGCGGUUGAGAAGAACCCCAACGCCUAUGUCUACCUUUUGCGCCAGAAUGACCUCGUCUGGGGUGGCAAGGUCAAGGUUGUCAAGACCGAUAUGCGAGCAUGGAAGGGUCCCAUCGUCUCUGAGGACGAGAAUGGACCUGUAUAUGGCAAGGUUGAUAUCCUCAUCUCUGAGCUUCUUGGUUCAUUCGGUGAUAACGAGCUCUCUCCCGAAUGUCUUGACGGAAUCCAGCAUGUCAUGUCCACGCCACAUGGAAUCUCCAUUCCCAGCUCUUACACUGCUCAUCUGAGCCCCAUCUCAACACCCAAGAUCCACGCUGAUAUCCUCUCACGAGUGCCCGGAGACCCCAACGCUUUCGAGACACCUUGGGUUGUUCGCCUUUUUGCUCUCGACUUUGUUGCCGAGAAGGUGCCUAACAAGCCCAGAUUUCAGGAAGCCUGGGAAUUCUCUCACCCUAUUCCCGAAUCUUCACUUGCUGCCCUAGAGGCUAAGCGCUCUGGUGGCGUUGUGGGAGGCGGCGGCGGUAGCAUGGCUGGUGCCGCAGGUGCCAAUGACCACAAUUCGCGAUAUACUCAUCUCACAUUUGUCUGCCGGACAAGGGGUGUCACUCACGGGUUGGCGGGCUACUUUGAGUCGACUCUAUAUGAGUCUCAAAUUCCUGAAAACAAGGGAGAGAAGGUUGAAAUCAGCACACAUCCUGAGCGUAUCGAUGAGAAGAGCAAAGAUAUGAUCUCUUGGUUCCCCAUCUACUUCCCCCUGAAGAAACCUCUCUACUUCCCAGCUGAUACGGAGCUCGAGGUUAGCAUGUGGCGACAGACAGAUGACACCAAGGUGUGGUAUGAGUGGCUCGUCGAAGGUUUCACUUGGGUUAGCCCAACACGCCGUGUCAAGGUUGCUUCCUCAGAUCUGUGCAGCAGUCGCCAAGUGGCAUGCUUGAUGUAG